AUGGCCACGGUGACGACCGCCGUGCAGUGGAUCCACACUGUUACCGGGGUCCUGUUUAUCCUCCUCUUGGCCUGGAGGUUGUACUUCGAGCCAAAUGUCCAGUGGCAAGUUCCGAACAUAGUGGUCGGAAUCCUUGUGGCCUCCAGGCGGCUGCCGCUUUUUCUUGCCGGGGCGUUGCUUGUGUGGGCGGCAGUUUUUGCUGCGGGAGUCCCCCGGGAUGGCCACGACUUGAUCAACUUCGCGUGGAAUUCCUGCGGUCACGCUGCUUUCUUCUCUGGCCUGCUAGGCUGUCUCGUGGCCGCCUUGAGCUCCAGAGUGGGAAGGGUACUUUUGGUGGCUUUGCUGGCCUGGCUCGCUCACGUGCUUUCGCCCUUCUAUCCAGUCAUCGUCGCCCAGGAGUCCUUGCCGCGCUUUCGUCCGGAAGCCGCUGUUGCAGAGACCCCAAAGCUACGUUUACAGCUUUGCAACGAUGGCUCCCAGGAGGCCGAGAAUCGACGACAACAGAUUGGGAUUCUUUGCAGUCCCAUGGUGCCCCUGCCUUGGGAGGAAGCGGAAAGCCGUGCUGCUUUGACCUUGGCGAAAAUGACUCAACGAGAGCGCCAUAGCUUGAUGCAGGGAGUUGGCUGGGUGCCAAUGCCUUAUGGUUUGCCAGCGCCUCUCCCGGCAAUUCCAGUACUUGGCCACUACAUGGGCAACCUUCCUCCCAUCCCUCGGCUGGGGGUGCCUCCGCUGAAGCUCCACGAUGCCGGAAAUGGUUUCCGGAACAUGCCCGGGGGGCAAGGCAAAGCGGGAAGCACGGUCAUGUGGCCCUGCUCGUUGGCCUUGGGUGCCUCCUGGGAUGUGAAGCUGGUGGAAGAGGUUGCUGCUGAGAUUGGUCGAGAGUAUCGUGGCAAGGGCUCCAACCUCAUCCUGGGCCCGAGCGUUCAGGUUCAACGAGUGGCCCGCAACGGUCGAAACUUCGAGUACAUGUCGGGAGAGGAUCCUUACUUGGGCGCAAAGUUGUCGGCAGCUUAUGUGACAGGGGUGCAGGGACAGGGGGUCAUGGCCUGCCUCAAGCACUUUGCCUUCAACGAGCAGGAGACAAACCGGAUGUUUGAAAGCUCCGUGGUUGAUGAGCGGACGGCUUGGGAGCUCUACUACCCGCCAUUUGAGGCUGGCAUAGCUGCGGGCGCAGGCUCCGUAAUGUGCUCGUACAACCGCGUGAAUGGGACCUAUGCCUGCGCAAACGAAGAGCUGCUGACGCGUGAUUUGAAGCAGAAGAUGGGCUUCAAAGGCUUCGUGAUGACAGACUGGUGGGCACUCCACGACCCAGCCGAAGCCUCGGUGGUGAGGGGCCUAGACGUGGAGAUGCCUGGGGCAGGGGGCGAGACCUUCUUGUUCCCGGACAAGCUCGAGGCCAUGGAGGAGCGCCUUGACGGAGUCUUCAAGGGGUACGCGAACCUAGAAAAGCCGGACCUCUACAAGGAACCGGCUCGGCGAAUCCUGGCCGCUGCUCACAAGAUGCGCUUUUUCGACAUGCCAGCAUGCACUCCAGGCCUAGACUGUACUGAGCCCAUCUAUUCCGACCAACGAAGCUCCGUGAACUUGGCUUUGGCACGCAGGUCAGUGCAAGAGUCCAUCGUGCUGCUGCGAAACAGAGGCUCCCUCCUCCCACUUCUGAACGUGAAGCGGCUGGCAUUGAUUGGGGAUGCAUGGGUCGCUCCCAGCAGGAGCACGGAGGAGCUGGGUAUGUUUGGUGACUACUACAGCGGUGGGGGAUCUGGACAUUGUUACAUACCACCUGAUCGCUUCAAAACCCCCCACAUGACCAUCACAGCUUACGCAGAGGCCCAUGACAUCUACACGACCAGCUCUCUAAGCAACAAUGCCACAGAGGCGCUGUCCGUGGUAUGGGAGGCAGACAUCAUUGUUGUCCUUGUUGCUACGACCGCUGAAGAAAGUCGGGAUCGUGAAUCCCUGCACUUGGACAAUGAAGCGGAUGCCUUGAUCAGUGCUUUGUCACAGGUGGGAAAGCCUGUCGUCGUGCUGGUGCAAGCUCCUGGAACUGUGGUCCUACCAUGGCGAGACGCUGUGGAUUCAAUCGCCCUCAUGUUCCUGGGUGGAGAGUUCACUGGGGCCGGCUGGACAAAGCUGUUGUUCGGAGAAGUUUCUCCAUCUGGAAAGCUGCCAAUUAUGCUCCCCAAGCACGAAGACUACACAGUCCAUCCUGGGCAGGAGCCUGAUGUGAUGUAUAGUGAGGGCCUUUUCACAUCUUACCGGGCUCCGUCUGCACCUGAAACGGCGGCUUAUCCUUUUGGGCAUGGCUUGUCUUACACGGACUUUGAGAUUGCUGCUCCCCAGGCCUACGAAUGCAGUGCGAUUCUUUGCAUAUCGACGACGGUGACAAACAUUGGCGCCAGAUAUCCUGGUUCCGAGGUUGUCCAGGCAUAUGCGGAGUUCCCGGCGGAGUCUCAGGAGCCGAGGCUUCUGCUGAAGGGCUUUCACAAGACGGCCGUUUUAAAGCCCGGGGAGUCUGAGAACGUCCAGCUCAGCUUCACAAGGAGGGAUUUCUCGGUCUACUCCUCCGGAAACUGGGUCCUCCAGCCCAGUGUUCGGAUCCAUCUCGGUGCCUCCAGUGCCGACCUCAGGCACUCCCUCGAGGUGCCCAUCGAGACCUAA